AUCAUCAGCACUCAGCCCCUUCCCCACGAAACAACUGAAAAAAGGAAAUCUUUUCCUAUUUAUUUUUCUUGUUUAAGAAGACAAAGAAAAAUCAACAAGAACCCAUUAAAUCAUAGCAACUAUAAGUAGUCUGCCCAAAGUUUUAAACCCAAUCCUAUUUCAUUUCUUUCUCCCAUUUCUCUUCUUCUUCAUUGUUUUCGAUCAGAAUUAAGAGUUGAUUCAAAAUCAAAAGACAAGAAAGAAGCUGCAAGCUUCGGCCUUGGCUUGAGAUAUGCAUCUCUACAAUGCAUGGCUGCCCCCACCGGUUGCAGAAGAGACCAAGAAGGAGAAAGAAUCCUUCUCUCGGGUCGUCUCUUCUGUCAAGAACCUUUAUCGACCCGAUGACCCGGAUUCCGUUUACUCCACUCUGAAAUGGAUCUCUGUUAUCGACCUUUUCAUAAAGGCAAAAAGUGAUAUAUCUUUGGAAGACGUAGAUUCAGUUGUUGAGAUUGGCUUAGAAUUAUUCCAUAAAUCACAGAGCAAGCUUUAUGCUCAGGUUAGAUGGGGAAAUAUCUUAGUCAGAUUGCUUAAUAAGUAUCGAAAGAAAUUGUCCUUGAAAGUUCAGUGGCGGCCUUUGUAUGAUACUCUUAUUCAUACGCAUUUCACAAGGAAUACAGGUCCAGAGGGAUGGAGAUUGAGACAGCGGCAUUUUGAGACUGUUACUUCCCUUGUUAGAUCAUGCCGACGGUUCUUUCCAGCUGGUUCUGCCUCGGAGAUUUGGUUCGAGUUUAGAUCUCUUUUGGAAAAUCCUUGGCACAAUGCAACCUUUGAAGGAGCUGGAUUUGUGAGACUCUUCCUUCCUACAAAUUCAGACAAUCAAGACUUCUUCUCAGAUAAUUGGAUUAGAGAGUGUAUGGAACUCUGGGACUCAAUUCCAAAUUGUCAAUUCUGGAACGGUCAAUGGACUGCUGUUAUGGCUCGUGUAGUGAAGAAUUACAAGUUUAUCAACUGGGAGUGUUUUUUACCUACAUUGUUUACUAGAUUUUUAAACAUGUUUGAGGUUCCUGUGGCAAGUGGAAGUGGAUCUUAUCCUUUUUCUGUGGACGUACCCAGAAAUACAAGGUUCUUGUUCUCCAAUAAGACAGUCACUCCAGCAAAGGCCAUUGCAAAAUCAGUUGUGUAUUUAUUAAAGCCUGGUAGUAUGGCACAAGAACAUUUCGAGAAAUUGGUCAACCUCUUAGAACAAUAUUACCAUCCCUCAAAUGGUGGUCGGUGGACUUAUUCGUUGGAGCGAUUUCUGCUGUAUUUGGUGAUUACAUUCCAAAAACGCUUACAGCAUGAGCAGCAGAACACAGAUAAUGAUAGUCAGGCUGAGCUUUACUUAGGAAAAUUAGAAAGGAGUGCAUUUGUCAAUGUGCUGCUGAGGCUUAUUGAUCGUGGUCAAUAUAGCAAAAAUGAACAUCUUUCUGAGACCGUUGCUGCAGCAACAUCGAUCUUAUCCUAUGUGGAGCCCUCUCUGGUACUUCCAUUUUUGGCUUCUCGAUUCCAUAUGGCCUUGGAGACGAUGACUGCCACCCACCAGUUGAAAACUGCUGUGAUGUCAGUAGCAUUUGCCGGGCGGUCUCUUUUUUUCACAUCCCUAUCAAAUGGUUCAGUUAACCCGGUUGAUCUUGGAGGUGGUGAUGAUACAUUCAUUGAUCUUCUCAUGAUUUCAUUAUCAAAUGCACUCCUUGGUAUGGAUGCCAAUGAUCCUCCUAAAACCUUGGCAACAAUGCAACUAAUAGGUUCCAUCUUUUCCAAUAUGGCUAUGCUGGAUGAUAAUAUAGAUGAGCUCUCGUUCAUGCCCAUGAUUCGCUUUUCUGAAUGGCUAGAUGAAUUCUUUUGCCGCCUAUUUUCAUUACUUCUACAUUUGGAACCCAGCAGUGUUCUGAAUGAAGGCCUUCAUUCAUCAGCAACAUCAGGAACUUUUCUGGUUGAAGAUGGACCAUACUACUUUUGCAUGCUUGAAAUCUUGCUUGGGAGACUUUCAAAACAACUAUAUAAUCAGGCUUUGAAGAAAAUCUCCAAAUUCGUUUGGACAAAUAUUCUUCCUGGGGCAAUUGCAGAGGUAGGACUGCUUUGUUGCGCAUGUGUUCAUUCAAAUCCAGAAGAGGCGGUUGUUCACCUUGUAGAACCAAUUUUAUCAUCUGUUCUAUCCUCUUUGAAUGGAACACCUGUUACAGGAUUUGGAGGAAGAGGAAUUCUGGAUCCCUCAGUUUCAACCAAGGCUAAACCCACCCUUUCUCCAGCUCUUGAAACUGCAAUUGAUUAUCAAUUAAAAAUAUUAUCAGUUGCCAUCAGCUAUGGAGGGUCUGCACUUCUCCAUUACAAGGAUCAAUUUAAGGAAGCGAUUGUUUCUGCAUUUGACUCCCCUUCUUGGAAGGUUAAUGGAGCUGGUGAUCAUCUUCUUCGGUCACUGCUUGGAAGCCUGGUCCUAUAUUAUCCUAUGGAUCAAUACAAGUGCAUCUUGAAUCACCCUGCUGCUGCUGCAUUAGAGGAAUGGAUCAGCACAAAAGAUUAUUCUAAUGAUGGAGCACUGAAGGCCCCUAAAUGGCAUAUUCCAAGUGAUGAAGAAGUUCAAUUUGCUAAUGAACUUUUAAUUCUCCAUUUUCAAUCGGCUUUAGAUGAUCUUUUAAGAAUAUGCCAAACUAAGAUCCACUCUGAUCCAGGCAACGAGAAAGAGCACUUGAAAGUGACUCUUUUACGUAUUGAUUCUUCAUUGCAAGGUGUAUUAUCUUGCUUGCCUGAUUUCAGGCCAUCUUCCAGGAACGGCACGAUUGAAGACUCUAGUUAUCCUUCUUUUCUAAUAGCUGGAGCUACAGGUUCAAGAGUUGGCAGCAAUCAACUGCGGGAAAAGGCUGCUGAGGUUAUACACACUGCCUGCAAAUACUUACUAGAGGAAAAAUCAGAUGACAGCAUUUUAUUGAUUCUCAUUAUACGUAUCAUGGAUGCUCUUGGAAACUACGGAAGUUUGGAAUAUGACGAGUGGUCAAAUCAUAGGCAGGCUUGGAAGUUGGAAUCUGCUGCCAUUGUAGAGCCUCCAAUAAAUUUUAUAGCAUCUUCACAUUCUAAAGGAAAGAGAAGGCCUAGGUGGGCUCUCAUUGACAAGGCAUACAUGCACAGCACAUGGAGAUCUUCUCAAUCAUCUUAUCAUCUGUUUCGUACCAAUGGAAAUUUCUUGCCACCAGACCAUGUAAUUUUGUUGAUGGAUGAUCUUUUAAAUCUUUCUUUGCAUAACUAUGAAAGCGUUCGCAUGCUUGCUGGAAAAUCUCUGUUGAAGAUAAUGAAGAGGUGGCCAUCUUUGAUUUCAAAGUGUGUGCUCUCUCUGUGUGAGAAUUUGAGGAAACCUAAUUCACCGGACCAUGCGGUUCUAGGUUCUUGUGCUGUGCUUUCUACACAGACAGUUCUGAAGCAUUUGACAACGGAUCCACAAGCAUUUGGUUCAUUUCUCCUUGCAAUUCUUUUAAGCUCCCAUCAUGAAUCACUGAAAGCCCAGAAAGCAAUCAAUGAGCUUUUUGUCAAAUACAACAUCUACUUUGCGGGUGUGUCUAAAAACAUCUUUAAGACAGUGGAUAAUCACAUAGAUACCCCAGACUUUGCAGAUCUGGUGUCUCAGAUUGGUUCAAUGAGUUUUGAUUCUACGGGUUUGCAUUGGCGGUAUAAUCUGAUGGCUAACAGAGUUUUGCUCUUGUUGGCCGUGUCAUGUAGGCAUGACCCAAACUUUUCACCAAAAAUCCUUGGUGAAACUGCUGGACACUUCCUAAAGAACUUGAAAAGUCAACUUCCUCAGACAAGAAUACUUGCAAUCUCGGCUCUAAAUACGCUAUUAAAAGAUUCACCUUAUAAGAUGUCAGCUGAUGAUCGACCACUAUUCUCUGGGAAUUCACAAGAAAAUGCCGAAUCAUCCCUUGAAGGAGCAUUAAGGGAGAUAUUUCAGGAAGAGGGAUUUUUUAAUGAGACCUUAAAUAGUUUGUCCCAUGUCCAUAUAAUAACUGAUACUGAGAGUGCAUCUUCUAGAGGAAAUCAUGGAAAUUCUUCCUUUCAGAGCUUGGCUGACAAAUCGAUCACCCGUUUUUAUUUCGACUUUUCAGCUACAUGGCCACGUACUCCUAGUUGGAUCUCUUUAUUAGGAAGCGAUACUUUUUACUCAAACUUUGCUCGUAUAUUUAAGCGGUUAAUCCAAGAAUGUGGAAUGCCGGUUUUACUUGCACUGAAAAGUACAUUGGAGGAGUUUGUCAAUGCCAAGGAGAGGUCUAAGCAGUGUGUCGCUGCUGAAGCAUUUGCUGGAGUGUUACAUUCUGAUGUCAAUGGCCUUUUAGAGGAAUGGGACAGCUGGAUGAUGGUCCAGUUGCAGAACAUUAUUCUUGCUCAAUCGGUGGAAUCCAUUCCUGAGUGGGCAGCUUGUAUACGUUAUGCAGUUACAGGAAAAGGAAAGCAUGGAACAAGAGUUCCCCUUCUGAGGCAACAGAUUUUGAACUGCUUGUUGACACCUUUACCUCCAACUGUAACUACAACUGUAGUUGCGAAGCGGUAUGCUUUUAUUUCUGCUGCACUUAUAGAGCUAUCCCCGCAAAAAAUGCCUGUGCCUGAGAUACAGAUGCACAAUAAACUUCUGGAUGAAUUGCUGGGUAAUAUGUGCCAUUCAUCGGCCCAAGUAAGGGAAGCUAUUGGGGUUACCCUUUCUGUGUUGUGCUCUAACAUUCGGCUCCAUGCGUCAUCUUCGCAAGAUCAUUCGAAUGACAGGGGAAAGACUAAUAUCAAUAACCAACUUAAGGAGGAAAAUUGGGUUCAACUACUAACGGAAAGAGCAUCCGAACUUGUUGUGAACAUUCAGAAUUCUAGCCUGUCUGAUGUUAUAGAUACCUCGACAGAUAUAAGUACCAAAAAUGGUUAUCAGAAUGGUGAUUCACAGGAUGAUGUCAAAUGGAUGGAAACUUUAUUUCAUUUUAUCAUAUCAACUUUGAAGUCUGGAAGAUCUUCAUAUUUGCUUGACGUGAUUGUGGGGCUUCUAUAUCCUGUAAUUUCCUUGCAGGAAACGUCAAACAAAGAUUUGUCAACGUUAGCAAAGGCAGCAUUUGAAUUACUAAAAUGGAGAAUCAUUUUGGAACCCCAUCUCCAGAAGGCUGUUUCUGUUAUUCUUUCUUCUGCAAAGGAUCCUAACUGGCGAACUAGAUCAGCAACUCUAACAUAUCUACGAACUUUUAUGUUCAGGCACACCUUCAUUCUCUUGAAAGGGGACAAACAAAAGAUCUGGAAAACAGUGGAGAAGCUACUUCAAGACAACCAAGUGGAGGUAAGAGAGCAUGCUGCAGGGGUGCUAGCUGGCCUAAUGAAGGGUGGGGAUGAAGAUUUAGCUGGAGAUUUCCGUGAUAGGGCAUACAUAGAGGCAAAUUCCAUUCAAAGAAGGAGAAAGACAAGGAAUGCAAAUUCUGGACACUCUGUGGCAUCUGUACAUGGUGCAGUACUUGCUCUGGCAGCUUCGGUGUUAUCAGUCCCAUAUGAUAUGCCCAGAUGGUUACCUGAUCACGUUACAUUACUGGCUCGCUUCAGUGGGGAGCCAUCACCUGUAAAAUUGACUGUGACAAAAGCAGUUGCUGAGUUCCGGCGUACGCAUGCAGAUACAUGGAACGUUCAAAAGGAUUCGUUUAAUGAAGAGCAACUUGAGGUCCUGGCAGAUACAUCGUCCUCAUCGUCAUAUUUUGCUUGAUCUACAUUGCUUUCCUUGAGAGAGAGAAGAUUUAUCGGAAACACAAUGAUUGAGAAUAACAGUGACAAAUUUUAUGAUUUCCUUAUAAGUUUCAUUGAAAUUUGUAAAAUGAGUUUUAUUUACAUUGCCUCAUAUAGCCUUUUCCCUAAGAAGUUUAUUCUUCCUUAAGAAGUUCUUGCCUAUACUAUUCUUUGUUGUUAAAAGCUUCUCUAUAUAUAGGAUUGAUAAGAUCAUCAGAUGGUAUAUCCCAUAAAACACAAUCUGUAUUGAAUAUGCUUGAUGCAUUCUUAAUUUCUUUUCCACCUUCA